GGGAUCUGACCUAGGACUCGGUCGUCCGAUGCUUACCACGCGGGCUCCGGACAACGAGCUUCCUCAGCCGAAGAACGGUAGUUUCAGCUCCGUGGAGAAAUAUGUUAUAUCAGUGUUUGUUGCGAUCGCCUGGUACAAUGCUGCUGAGCUGGUCGUCCUCUGCCUAUCGACCUUUAAGUUAUACCGGGGGUGGUACUUCUGGAGCUUGUUCAUUGCGUCGCUUAGUCUCUUCCCGAUUUGCCUGGGUUACAUAUUCUUCAUUUUUUACCCCGGAAUACCUCAUUAUCUCUCGAUCUCAUUGAUAAUUGUGAGCUGGUCCUGUAUGGUAACAGGUCAUUCUCUUAUUCUAUGGUCGCGAUUACACCUUAUCAUACAAUCACCAAGAGUGCUCCGCCUGACGCUCACAAUUAUCAUACUUGACGCAAUCUUAUUGCAUACCUCCAUUGCAGUCCUCCUGUAUGGGAGCUUCUCCAAAAAUGUGCACGUGGCGAACCGGUUUACGAAUGGGUACAAUAUCAUGGAGCGUGUUCAGCUAGUAGUGUUCUGCGUCCAAGAAUUACUGAUCUCCGGCAUAUACCUGUGGGAAACGGCAAAGAUGCUGCGCUUGCAUCCCGGCCCACUUCACUAUAACGUUCUCACUCAAUUCCUGAUUAUUAAUAUUUUUAUCAUUGUACUCGACGUGGCUGUUGUCGGGAUUCAGUUCGCAGGGUACUAUGCCCUUCAAGUGACCUUCAAACCAGUGGCAUACAGCCUUAAGUUCAAACUUGAAUACGCUAUUCUGGGCCGAUUAAUCGCAAUUGCCACGAGUCCCUCCAAUUCUGAGCCAGCCCCAUCCAACAAGGGGCAACUCCGGAAUCUCAGAUUGAUCACCUGUUUAAUGCAUAAGCUAGUCAAAGAGGGUACAGUCUAG